UUUCUUCCCGUUGCGCAAAACGAAGAAAAAUCCCAAGUUUUUUCAAUCUAUUUUAUUUAAAUAUUGGUAUAGAAAUAAAAAAUAAAACAUACAUAUUUAAAAACUACAUCAAAAGUUCAACAAAACAAGUGGUGAUAAGAAUAUUUUAUUUUAUCAUAUAGGCCAUGAAAAAACACAAAUAAAUAUAAAUUUCCGUGAGGUUGGAAUAGUGCUCUGGGAAGAAAGUUUUAGGACGGAGGAAGUACAAUUUUAUCCACGUCCAGGCACCAUCAACAAUAAUGCCUUUUUUUGUAUUAUCCCUUCUAAUGGAUCUUGUCGACUCUAGGAGGGUCAGAAUAUCAUCGUCGUCACCCAGCAACACAAAGGUCCAACGAGUGUCGAACGCCCCGGGGCUACUAUAUUCCGAGACUACGACAUCAAACCAGUAGUUCAGAUAUAUUUACAAAAUUACUCGGGUGUGAAAAUCUAAUGUAAGCUUGUGCCUGAAGUGAAAGCAAAUAAGCAAUGGAGGUGGGGUUCAUCUCUUUCUCCUCCCCCAUCUCUUCUGCACUUCAUAAUCCUCGUUCCAGAUUCUUCUCUUUCCAGCAACAAAGGCAUUGUCUUAUCGUUGCCGCAAUGAGCAAUGAUCCGAUUCGUGAGUGGAUCGUCACAGAAGGAAAUGCUACAAAGAUUAAAGGAAUCAGGUCAAUUGGUGGCGGGUGCAUUAGUAAUGCUAGCUGCUAUGACACUGAUGCUGGCCCUUUCUUUGUGAAAACAAACAGGAGCAUGGGACCUUCUAUGUUUGAAGGAGAGGCCGCGGGUUUAACUGCCAUGUUUGAAACCAGCUCAGUCCGGGUCCCUAAACCAUAUAAGGUUGGAUCUCUGCCAACAGGUGGCUCAUAUAUCAUAAUGGAAUUUAUUGAGUUUGGUGCGCAUAAACGUGAUCAGUCUGCAAUAGGAAGGAAGCUAGCUGAAAUGCAUAAAUCAGCCAAGUCCAAUAUGGGUUUUGGUUUUCAUGUUGAUAAUACUAUUGGAAGGACAAAAGCUAGUAAAGAAUCUAAGACUUCUGUUUCAGAAUGUUGUGAUGAAGCCAUGCUUGCUUCAUGGAGAUUUAUGGAGUGGGAAUAUCACUUAUGACAAGAAUGGGGAACCAGUGAUUCUUGACCCGGCAUGUUAUUAUGGACAUAACGAGGCAGAGUUUGGAAUGUCAUGGUGUGCUGGUUUUGGGCCCGCGUUUUACAACGCCUACUUUGAGGUAUACCUGCCAAAUACCCAUUUUUAGACUAUUGGUCAAUAAUGGGACUUGUACUCU